UAUUUAACAGACGUGUUGGGUCGCGUCUGUGACAGCGCUAAGUCCUCUCUUGCUUGCGGUGGAAGGACAUUCGGUACAGUAGCCUAUUGUGGACGUAUUGCUAUCAUCUGAACUCGGGGCAUUCAAUCAGGCAUGAAGACUCAAUCUCACGAAGUGUUAGUGAAGCAGCAAGAGUACCUGAGCCGCCAGAGAGAUGCUAUCGCCUACCGCAUGAAGAAGCUUUCUGCCAAGCAGGUGGAUGUAAAUAAAAAGACCAACGUCUUGAAGGAGAAGAUCAAGAAGAAGUACGCGGACAUGAAGCGCGUGCUGGACGAGGACCUGAGCAUCACGCUGACGCAGCUGGAGAUGGAGACGGAGGCGACGGAGCGCAUCAUCGAGGAGCACAUCGAGAGCUGCUACGCCCUCACGCAACACAUCGACCAACAGAUCUCCGAACUCAGCACCAGCCAGCAGAAACAGCCGGGCCAAGAUAAGGACACGGAAACAGAGGAGAGGAUAUCGGCCACGCUAAAGCAUACGGACCCGGAGCUGAUCCAUAUGGACGAGUUUAAGAACGAGCAGCUGCUGAGUCUCACCAUCAACCUGCUGCUCUUCAUUAGGUCACAAGUCCCCGUCACCAAGAAACUCUUCCAGAGCUAUGCGUCCGAAGUGGUCCUAGACCCGAACUCGGCCCACCCGAAGCUCAUCGUGUCCCCCGAGGGCGACUCGGUCACCUACACCGACACGUGGCAGGAGGUCCCAGAGAACGCGGCGCGCUUCGACACCACGCUGAAUGCGGUGAGCCGCGAGGGCUUCCGCGAGGGCCGCCACUACUGGGAGGUGCUGGUGGACGGCAAGACGUACUGGGAGCUGGGCCUGACGUAUCCCAGCAUCCCCCGCAAGGGCAGCGAGGAGCACUGCUGGCUUGGCCGCGGCGCCGACUCCUGGUGCGUGGAGUACUUCAACGGCUGGUACAACGCCUGGCACCGUGGCGCGGCGCACGAGCUCACGCACGUGCAGGGCCGGGCGUUCCAGCGCAUCGGCGUGUUCUCCAGUGCACCCGGCGGCCUCGUGUGCUUCCUGGGCGCCGAGACCAUGACGCCGCUGUACUGCUUCUGCACGGGCACGUUCACCGAUAGGCUGCUGCAGGCCGUGUGUCCCGGACACGACAACCAGGGGACCAAUUGGAAGCCACUGGAGAUCGUGGAUGCCAGCAGGUCCCGGCCCACCCUCUGAACCGCAGCUAGCAGUUCCAGGCCCACCCUUUGAUUUGAAUCUUUUUAAAUUUCCUCAUUAUACAAAUUCACUUAGUCUAUGAAUUCCUGUGUUCCAGUGUGUAACCAUUUUGCGUUUUUAUGUGUUUUAUUGUUUUGUGUAUAUUGAGGCAGAGUAAAUGGAUUUGUUGAGUGUACAAUAUGGCUCUUCAACUUCACCAAUGGUGUCAAUGUAAAUCAGAGUAGUUCCUCCAUUUAGGUAUUGAGUAGAGCAUUAUUAGCAGUAACAGUAACACUUUGCUUUGUCAUGACAGUUAUCUAAGAGUAAUAUAGAUUAGGCCUAUGUCAAUGUCAUAAAUGUGAUUAUUGAGUUACAUUAGGUGUCAUUUGGCUAUUGCCAUGACAUUUUUGGGUUGGACAGACUUUGAAAAAAAAGGCUCUGCACAUACACUCAUAGCUCAAGCAAUGUCAACUUAUGACAAUAGCCAAAGUGUUAUGACAGUGUCAUGCCGCUCUUAUGAUGGUACUGUUAAAUAACACAUUACAGAAGUAAGUACAUGUUUAUGGAUCUUAUUGAAAUUACCCUUUUAUUCUGAUGAACACACAUAUUACCAGCUACAUUUAAGUAGAUUAACUAGUUACACAAGAUUGGUGCAUCUGCUCAUAACACAGAGUUGGAGCCAUAAUGUACAUAGAAUUGUGUAUCGAUGUUUGAGAUAUGGUAUUUAUAGGUUUAUGUUUACCUUUGACCGGUAAUACAAAAGAAAUAAGGAAAGAGUUUUAAAAUUGCUUGUAAUUGAGCCAUUAUCAAACGUAGCAUGACAUGAACCUCUAGCAACAGGUUAUAGGGCUUUGUAGGUACCGGUAUAUGAUGAUCAUCUAAGAUAACACUAUACAGUAUGUAGGCAGAGAGACGACAAUGUUGAACAAAAUGGAAACAAAUUGCACAGUUGAUCAUUUUUGUUUUAAUACAAUAAAAUAGGGUUUUACACAGGUCUUCAUUCGAUGUCAUUUUAACAAAUGUACUACCCCAGAUUCAAAAAGAGGCAUUUUAGUAUAAUAUCCACAGUAAUUUUUUUUUUCAAAAGGGGAAUUCAUGGCCCCGAAAUGUAAUAUAAUCAUGGUUCCAAAUCGUGUUAAUAUAUAUAUAUUCCUGAGGACAAUUGCAUUAAACACUGUAAAGCAUUAAAAAAAGUUUUUAACUUUUUUAAAAAGUAAGAUUUUUCUUCCCUUCAAUUCCAUUCCAAAACAAGGGGAGUAAUUCCAACUCCCUGUAUACAAUGUUGGGCACUACGUUACUAUUAAAAGGAUCCUUGUGUGUGUGUGUGUGAGAGAGAGUGUGGAGGCAAGACAGAGCUAGAGUGUGUAUGUGUGUUUGUGUGUAGAUAUACUGUGUGUGUGUGUGUGUGUGUGUGUGUGUGUGUGUGUGUGUGUGUGUGUGUGUGUGUGUGUGUGUGUGUGUGUGUGUGUGUGUGUGUGUGUGUGUGUGUGGUGGACAGGGUUCACGACAGGAGAACCAUUCCAUACACAUGAAUUGCCAUUUCAAUGUCACAUCAUCAUCUGACUUGGGAAAAAAACUAUAUAGUUUACUCAAGAUUUCAACUGUGCUGUACUAUAGAACGUACAGAGUAAAAUGAUUGAUAUUUGCUCAAGGUGACUGGGAAAGAUGAAACUAGACAUUUUACUCGAGAAAAGACAGGCACUAUUUUAAAGCUAUGAAAGGCACAGUUUGUAGCACCGUUAUGAUGUUCCGCUACCUCCAGGCGUGGACGCUACAUUGCUGGACGAGUGCAUUCAUUUGCGUGGACUGGUGUGUUGUGAAUAGACGAGUGAUAUGCUAGCUGCCUCUGUCGACUAAAAUCCCUUUAGACAGCAUGACAAAAAAAGAAAAGGAAAAAAUCCAGCAAGUAUUCAAAUAACAAGCUAACCCAUAUAGGAGGUCAUGUGCUACACAAAGGCCCAUUUUCAAAGCAUUUCAAAAACAUUUUUUUUGGCAUUUUAAAAAAUGACUAUUGUGAAGAUGCCAUAAUUCAGUCAGGCAGAUGUGCGGUUUGCUCUAGCGCUGGUGUCCAGAGAUGUAGAAUGUAGAAGUAGAUGUAUGGAUGUAAUUACAACGCUAGUAGUUUGAAAUUACAUAGUUGCAAGUAAGUACAUACCAUGCUACUAGUGUUGUAAUUAUAUCAGAAACAGUACUUCUACUUCUACUUUAUACCUCUCUGCUGGUGUCACUCUUUCAGGCUCCGUUUCAAGUCGUGACAGGAUAGUAUUUAGUGCAGCACCCUCCCGCCCCCUCCCACCCCACCUUCCCCUCCCCACCCCCACAUGACCGCAUAGCCAUGGAGCCCCUGGGGUAGGUCAGCUUGCUAAAAGCGGAUGGACAAUAAACAAAAGUGGCCAGUUGUGCUUUGAGUCAACAGUUCAGACCCAUCAACCCCUUCUGGUGUUCCUCUUAGCGGUUCCAGAUUAAUCCGACCGGAAAGGGUGUGGGGACAAAAAAAACAUUACAGAGGGCAACACUAUCUAAAUACCACAGGAAACUGGUAGAAAGUUAAGAAAGCCUGGAAUGUAGAAGCUCAAUGUGCUUCUGUAAUGGUAAUGGUCUGAAGAAGUUCCCGGAGAGGAUUGAAACAUAGUACUGUAGCUGUGUAUCUUCAAGAUUAAAUAUUUUGUAGCAAAACUGUGUCGAUUAUUAAAACUAUUGGUUCAAGUUAAGUCAUGAGUAGUACAGCAAAAGGCUUUUUCUUCCCCAGCCCCCCAACUUCAUGAAGUCCAUUUGGUCUCAUCUCCAAGGCAUCUUGUUUCUGUGUCUGUAUCUGAUAGUUUAUUGGUGUGGAAGGCUUCGUUUUAGCGCAUUCCCAACUGAGGAAAUGCACAUUGAUUGCAGGAUGACAUGUGCUGUACAGUCUUUUGGUUUUACUGUACAUCUAAAGCAUUAGGUAAAGCCUCCUGAGGUAAAGCAUCAGCCUGUCUCAGUCUGGGACACAACCAGUGAACAGAAGGAACAGCAUGGCACACGAUAAAAAGUAAAAUGUACAGAUUCCUUUCAAGCAUUUGAUUGUUUCAUAUC